CUUUUCAGCAUUAGGUACAUUUUAUAAGUCCCCCAGGGGCCAGCAGAAGUGUAGCGUGGGCUCGCGCCAGCGUUCCGCGCGUGCAACGCCGCUGCUCCUGCAGGACCUGGAGUUAGAGCUGCCGGUCGCACUCACGCACGCACGCGCGCAUACGCACACACGCACGCGCAUACGCAUACGCACGCGCAGAGACACAACAUCACCGCGGCGGCUCGCGAGCAUGGAAGCGGCGUCCCGUUAGCCAACACCGGCGGAGGCGUCCAGCUAAACAAAAGAAGUCAUUCAUCUCUUCACAUUAAUUGCUAAACGUUCACACUGGUUUCCACUUCCCUCUGUGUCCUGGGGAUGAACGCACCAAUGAGGAGCCUGACCGGUAUGCCUGAUCGCAUGUUAUGUGCAGUGCUGGAACAAUUUCAGCUUUACUUUUCCCGUUGAUUCACUCCCUCUAUAGCACGGCAAGCCCCAGCAUGCUGAAGAGGAAGCAGAGCUCGCGUGUCGAGGCCCAGCCUAUGACAGACUUUGGGCCUGAUGAAACGCUCACGGACAGUGCCGAUAUCCUUUGGAUCAACAAAGCAUGGGUGCACUCGUUACUGCGGGCCUGUGCCAUAAUCAGCGUCAUCUCCGUGUGCAUGAACACACCCAAGACAUUCGAGCACUAUCCCCCACUCCAGUACGUCACCUUUACCCUGGACACUCUGCUCAUGUUCCUCUACACUGCUGAGAUGAUCGCCAAGAUGCACAUCAGGGGCAUCGUCAAGGGAGAUAACUCCUACGUUAAAGACCGCUGGUGCAUGUUUGAUGGCUUCAUGGUGGUCUUUCUCUGGGUCUCUCUUGUGCUACAGGUGUUUGAAAUAGCUAAGAUUGUGGACCAGAUGUCACCAUGGAGAAUGCUGCGCAUACCCAGGGCUCUUAUAAUGAUACGUGCCUUUCGGAUCUAUUUCAGAUUCGAGUUGCCGCGCACUCGCAUUACCAACAUUCUUAAGCGAUCUGGAGAGCAGAUCUGGAGUGUGUCUAUAUUUUUGCUUUUCUUCCUGCUCCUUUAUGGAAUCCUGGGGGUUCAAAUGUUCGGCACAUUCAAUCAUCAUUGCGUUACGAACGAUACAGAGGAAGGUAAUGUGACAUGGAACAACCUUGCCAUACCCGACACACACUGCUCUCCAGAUGGAGAGGGAUACCAGUGUCCAAUGGGCUUUAAGUGCGUGGACUUGGAGGACCUGGGUCUCAGCCGACAGGAGCUGGGCUACAGUGGCUUCAACGAACUUGGUACCAGCAUAUUCACUGUGUACGAGGCCGCCUCUCAGGAAGGCUGGGUCUUUAUCAUGUACCGUGCCAUUGACAGCUUUCCACGCUGGCGCUCCUACUUCUACUUCAUCACACUCAUCUUCUUCCUCGCUUGGCUGGUUAAGAACGUGUUCAUAGCUGUGAUCAUUGAGACUUUUGCUGAGAUCCGGGUGCAGUUUCAGCAGAUGUGGGGCUCCAGAAGCAGCACUACAUCCACAGCGACCACACAGAUGUUUCAUGAGGACGCAUCUGGAGGAUGGCAGCUUGUGGCGGUGGAUGUUAAUAAACCGCAUAGCCUUGCUCCUGCUUGCCUUCAGCACCUGAUGCGCUCGUCUAUGUUCCACAUGUUCAUGCUGAGUAUGGUGGCUGUGGAUGUGAUCGUGGCCUCCAGCAACUAUUACAAGGGCAAGAACCAUAAAAAGGAUUAUGAUGAGUUCUACUUGGCUGAGGUUGCUUUCACAAUGCUGUUUGAUCUGGAGGCUCUUUUAAAAAUCUGGUGUUUGGGCUUCACUGGCUACAUCAGCUCAUCUCUACACAAGUUUGAGUCUCUGCUGGUGGUGGGAACUACACUGCACAUCUAUCCUGACCUCUACCACUCCCAGCUCACCUACUUCCAAGUGCUGCGAGUGGUCCGUUUGAUCAAGAUCUCUCCAGCGCUGGAGGAUUUUGUUUACAAAAUCUUCGGCCCAGGGAAGAAGCUGGGCAGCCUGGUGGUGUUCACAGCAAGUCUACUCAUCGUCAUGUCUGCCAUCAGUCUACAGAUGUUCUGCUUCGUGGAGGACUUGGACCGCUUUACCACCUUCCCACGGGCCUUUAUGUCCAUGUUUCAGAUCCUCACUCAGGAAGGCUGGGUUGAUGUCAUGGAUCAAACCCUGGUAGCUGUGGGACAUAUGUGGGCUCCGGUGGUGGCCAUUUACUUCAUUCUCUACCACCUGUUUGCUACUCUGAUCCUGCUGAGUUUGUUUGUUGCUGUAAUUCUGGACAAUCUUGAGCUUGAUGAGGACUUAAAAAAGUUAAAACAGCUGAAGCAGAGUGAAGCAAAUGCUGACACAAAAGAGAAGCUCCCCUUGCGCUUACGUAUCUUUGAGAAGUUUCCCAACAGACCUCAGAUGGUGAAGAUCUCCAAGCUACCAUCUGAUUUCACCGUGCCCAGGAUCAGGGAAAGCUUCAUGAAACAGUUUAUAGACCGGCAGCAACAGGACCCCAGCUGUUUGUUCCGUAGGCUCCCUUCUGCCUCCUCUUCCUCCUGUGACCAUUCCAAGAGAUCGGCCAUUGAGGACAAUAAAUACAUUGACCAGAAGCUGAGGAAAUCAAUAUUCAGCAUCCACGCUCGCAACCUCUUGGAAAAAGAAACAACUGUCAAUAAAAUCCUACGAGCCUGCACCAGACAGCGCAUGCUGAGCGGUUCCUUUGAGGGACAGCCGACCAAAGAACGCUCCAUCCUUAGCGUGCAGCAUCAUAUUCGCCAGGAGCGCAGAUCUCUCAGACACGGUUCCACCAGCCAGAGGAUCAGCAGAGGAAAAUCUCUAGAGACGCUCACUCAGGACCACUCGAGCACUGUACGCUACCGCAAUGCUCAGAGAGAGGACAGCGAGAUCAAGAUGAUCCAGGAGAAGAAGGAACAGGCUGAGAUGAAGCGGAAAGUUCAAGAAGAGGAGCUGAGAGAGAAUCAUCCUUAUUUUGACAAGCCGCUCUUCAUAGUGGGGAGAGAGCAUCGUUUCCGAAACUUCUGCAGAAUGAUCGUGCGGGCCCGCUUCAACGCCUUGAAAACAGAUCCUGUAACCGGAGCAGUGAGGAGCACAAAAUAUCAUCAGUUUUAUGAUCUGCUGGGCUUGGUCACGUAUCUGGACUGGGUAAUGAUUGUGGUUACCAUCUGCUCUUGCAUCUCCAUGAUGUUCGAAUCGCCAUUUACCAGGGUCAUGCAUGUGCCAACUCUACAGAUAGGCGAGUACGUGUUUGUCAUUUUCAUGAGCAUCGAGCUGACCCUCAAAAUCAUGGCAGACGGUCUCUUCUUCACCCCCACUGCAGUCAUCCGAGACUUCGGUGGAGUCAUGGACAUUUUCAUCUAUUUAGUCAGUCUGAUCUUCCUGUGCUGGCUGCCAACCAACGUGCCUCCAGAAUCAGGUGCUCAGCUACUGAUGAUGCUGCGCUGCCUGCGUCCUCUGCGGAUCUUCAAAUUGGUUCCUCAGAUGAGGAAGGUGGUGCGUGAGGUCCUUAAAGGAUUUAAAGAAAUCUUCUUGGUGUCUAUCCUUCUCCUGACAUUAAUGCUCGUAUUUGCAAGCUUCGGAGUACAGCUCUUCGCUGGGAAGCUUGCCAAAUGUAACGAUCCUCAUAUAACCGACGAGAAAGACUGCCAUGGGAUUUUCCGAAUCAAUGUGAGCAUCUCGAAAAACCUCAACCUAAAGCUCAGAGCAGGAGAGAAGAAACCCGGAUUUUGGGUUCCCAGAGUUUGGGCAAAUCCUCGCAAUUUCAACUUUGACAAUGUUGGCAAUGCCAUGCUGGCUCUCUUUGAGGUCUUGUCUUUGAAGGGCUGGGUGGAGGUCAGAGAUGUGAUCAUACACAGAGUAGAUCCGACCCAUGGCAUCUACAUCCAUGUUUUCGUGUUCCUGGGGUGUAUGAUUGGCCUGACAUUGUUUGUGGGGGUUGUGAUAGCUAACUUUAAUGAAAACAAGGGUACAGCUCUGCUGACAGUGGACCAGAGGAGAUGGGAAGAUUUGAAGAGCAGGCUAAAGAUUGCUCAGCCACUGCACCUUCCACCACGUCCAGAAAAUGGUGGUUUCCGUGCCAAAAUGUAUGACAUCACACAACACCCUUUCUUCAAACGAAGCAUAGCAGUGCUAGUGUUAGCCCAGUCUGUUCUACUGUCUGUGAAGUGGGAUGUUGAUGACCCAGUGACGGUUCCCCUGGCAACCAUGUCUGUCAUUUUUACGCUCAUCUUCGUCCUGGAGGUUACCAUGAAGCUGAUAGCCAUGUCACCGGCUGGUUACUGGCAGAGCAGGAGGAACCGAUACGAUCUACUGGUCACGUCGCUCGGCCUCAUAUGGAUCAUUCUGCACUUUUCUUUAUUGAAUGCCUACACCUACAUGAUGGGCACUUGUGUGAUAGUGCUAAGGUUUUUUACCAUAUGUGGAAAACACGUGACUUUGAAGAUGCUUCUGCUGACAGUGGUGGUGAGCAUGUACAAGAGCUUCUUCAUCAUAGUGGGCAUGUUCUUGCUGCUCCUAUGUUACGCCUUUGCCGGAGUGGUGCUCUUUGGCACUGUCAAAUACGGAGAGAACAUUAACAGGCACGCAAAUUUCUCCACAGCAGGGAAGGCCAUCACGGUGCUGUUCCGCAUCGUCACAGGUGAAGACUGGAAUAAGAUUAUGCAUGACUGCAUGGUACAGCCUCCGUUUUGCACACCGGACAAGCACCGCUACUGGGAGACGGACUGUGGCAAUUACGCUGGCGCCCUUAUCUACUUCUGCUCUUUCUACGUCAUCAUCGCGUACAUCAUGCUGAACCUGCUCGUCGCUAUCAUUGUGGAGAACUUUUCCUUGUUCUAUUCCACGGAGGAGGAUCAGCUGCUGAGCUACAACGACCUGCGGCACUUUCAGAUCAUUUGGAACAUGGUGGAUGACAAGCGGGAGGGUGUGAUCCCUACCUCGAGAGUGAAGUUUCUUCUGCGACUGCUCAGGGGCCGACUUGAAGUGGACUUGGACAAAGACAAGCUGCUCUUCAAGCACAUGUGCUACGAGAUGGAACGACUGCACAGUGGCGGAGACGUCACUUUUCAUGAUGUACUGAGCAUGCUGUCCUACCGCUCUGUGGACAUCAGGAAGAGUCUGCAGCUGGAAGAGUUGCUGGCAAGAGAGCAGCUAGAGUAUACUAUUGAGGAGGAGGUUGCCAAGCAGACCAUCCGCAUGUGGCUGAAGAAGUGCCUUAAACGCAUCCGAGCCAAGCAGCAGCAGUCAUGCAGCAUCAUUCUGAGUCUGCGUGAGAGUCAGAAGCAGGACCUACGCCGCCUGCUCAACCCACCCAGCAUUGAAACUACUGUGCCCAGUGAUGAAGCCAACGCCAACAACCAGGACAACCCCACACAGCCUGAGCAGAACAGUGGCUUGCAGACUCUAUUGAGCCCCACUCUGUCAGACCGCAGCAGCUACAGGCAAGACUCUGCAGAUCGGCCCCAGAGGAAGCUGGGCCAGUGGAGACUGCCCACAGGACGCACCAGUGUGAAAUCCAUGGUGUGCAAGAUGAACCCAGUAAACGACGAGGCUUCCUCAGGGUCCGAGGUUAAAAAGUGGUGGACUCGCCAGUUGACCGUGGAGAGCGACGAGAGCGGCGAUGACCUCAUUGAUAUUUGAGGCACCACUGGUUCGAACAGACACACUCAAGCACCUGAAAAUAUGCUGUCAAAGAAUUCUUUUCUCCAAUUCCAGCUCCUUGCUAAAGUAAUACCCAACAAAGGCUCUGGCCUGUUGAACAAAGUGAUUGCUACAUAGGGUGAAGAUAUAUGCAUUAUAAACAUGGUAAUAUUAUGCAUUGUUUUAAGUAUGCAAAUGUGCAAAGAAAUCUAUUUUCCAUUCAAGGUGAUAAUUCUUCCUUCUUUUCCCUUCUUUCCUUCUUCUCCCCAUAAUUGGCUCCCCCUUAACCUAUUGGUUCCAAAGCCAUUGUAAGUGAUUGCUUCUAUUUGUGGCUUAAUAGCAGCUUAUAAAAGACCCAUUCACCUUUAUGUAUUAUGAAUUCAUCACCAUUAAUGCUAAAUGAAAUGUUCAUCGAAUUAUACUCAUCAUGGUUUAAUGCCUGAUGGGUCUUUUCUUUUGAGCAAGCCGUUUUCGCUUUUGCGGCAUCUGAAAACCUACAGCUGCUGGAGGAAAAUCUCUGUUAGCUUUAGCGUAAGUAAUGUAGCCACACAAAGAGUAGAUGGUGUAAGCCCUCAGGAAAUGUAACUGAAUCGUGAAUUUGAGACCCAAAUGGAAAGGUUACGGCGAAAGAGUUUUAGUGCCAAUCUGUGUUCUUGUACGUCUACACUAAACUGACAGGAAAGCCAUACAGCGUAUUUCUGUCUUUGUUUUGUUUGUCUUUGUGCCGAUGUUUGUCUUCUUUUCAGUAAUCACCAAGGUUAUUCACAAGUUGCUGGAGUUCUGAAAGUCUGUAAUGUGUGUACCUGGCAUUGUGUUACAGCGAUUAACGCUCAUCUAACUGCAAACAAGACAGUGAAUGUACGUCUGUGUGUUUCGUUAACUGUGCAAAAUUUUUAUUAAUAAUAGUAUUAUACAAAAUAAUAUUAAGUUAUUUAAUAUAUACAAUAAGCAUAU